UAUGAUUCGGACAGUCAUCCUUCACAGUGACCCCUGCAGGCAUCUGCCAAGCUCGACUCUUCGCUCUUCUAAGCAGCUACGGACGCUCAUAAGUCAUAGCCAUACCGGAACUCGAAAAAGUGUCUCAAGAUGUCGAAGAAGGGGGAGGUAGGUGAGAGUUCCCUUCCGAGGCGCGGAGAGCAACCGCCGCCGGUCUCAUCUCCGACCCGGUUUCGUGCCCGGGGAGACUCGUUCCUUGUGACGUGUAAAGUUUUCAGCUUCGUGACUUCUCUUGCGGCAAUUUUCUGCAUUGCGGUCAAUGCUUACUCCGCCUUCCGAUCCUUCAAGAAUGGUUAUGAUGUGUUUGAUGGAAUUUUUCGGUGUUAUGCCGUUGUGAUUGCAAUUACUGUUGUCCUUGCUGAAACGGAAUGGGGGUUCUUCAUCAAGUUUUGGAAGGUAUUGGGAUAUUGGGCUGGAAGGGGUAUGCUGCAAAUUUUUGUUGCAGUAAUGACCAGAGCUUUCCCUGAGUAUUAUGGGAAACAACAUGAGUUGAUGCUUCUCCAGCAAAUAGCAAGCUACUUGCUUCUUGCAUGUGGCGCCAUUUAUCUUCUAUCUGGAAUAUUAUGCAUUGGGUUUCUAAAACGGGCUCGUGAGAACAAAGAAAGUUCCAAGGAGCAAACAAUAAUGGACCUGGAGGCUCUAGAGCGUCGUAGAGAAGAACUAGAAGAAUUAUUAUUGAUGCAAGAGAGAGCAUAGGAAGGAGUAUGAAGGCGAGCACCAUCAUGUGUACCACCUACUGCGCAGGUACAAAUUAUUGCCUUGUCUACACUGUUAUGUUCAUCAUGGGUUCUCGUGAGAUUUGAACAACUCCCAGAAAGUUCAAGAAACCUUGCUGAAAAUUCAACAAUUUUAUGGAAGUUAAGGAGUUCCAAAGUGAAGAGGGAUUGCCCUUUCUUUUUUCUCAGAUCUGAAAGUGAAUAAUGAUUAUUAUUAUCAAGUGUAAGCUCAUCAUGGUGAAAUUAUUGUAAUGAUAACGGUAUUGGCAGUACUAAUUUUUAAAAGAAAUGUGUGAUUGUGGUAAUAAUUUGGGCAAUAUGCUCUGACAUUUUAAGAGUCCGUUUGAUUGGUGACCAUGUUUUUCGACUUAUCGAGCUUAUUAGUCAACUUUUUC